CGCAGCCGCCUGAGCUGAUUGCGUCAAACGGUUAUGCCUAUCGAUAUAUCGUUGGCGAACAGCUGUUGUUUUGCUGGAGACGAGAUUUUUGACUCGAACAAAGCAACGGGCAGCACAACUUCCACGCAAUGGUCAUAACAAGCAACACAAAACUGCCCGAGGAGGCGGAACUGGAUGUGCAGGAGCUGAAUCUGUCUUCGGCAGCGCUGCGUGCGGGUUCUUUUCACCUGGGCAAGCAAUGCGAAUCGGCCAAUAAUGAGUUUAUGCUUUGUCGGCAAGAGCUGGAUGAUCCGCGCGCCUGCCUGGGGGAGGGACGCGCCGUCACCAGCUGUGCGUUGGACUUCUUUCGCAAGGUAAAGAAAACCUGCCAUGAGGAGUUCAUGCAGUACGCCACUUGCCUGGACAAGAGCAGCGGCACCAUGGCCUUCAGUCAUUGCCGCAAGACCCAGGGCGUUUUCGAUAAGUGCGUUAAGGAUAACUUUGACUGGGAGCGUCCUUCCUAUGGCUACUUUACGCGUGCCAAGGUCAUCAAAACUACACGCAAGGCGCCCGAGAAGGAGCCAAUCAAGUCGUAUCCCGAUGCUACACCCGGCCUGCCAGAGGAUUAUCCCACACCACCAGCCAAAUACGGUUCACGCUUCUUCUGGCUGGAAUAAACGCUGAGGCUAAGUGAAAUUUUAGGGCAGCCGUCGGGCCCAACUUGUAAUUUACAACAUGCAUAAAAUCUUGUUUCCAUUAGUAA